GCCUAGCAUGUCCCAGGGAACCGUUAUGAUACAUAACCGUCUGGAAGAAAAGACAUUCACAGUAGCCACGCCCGAAGAAUUUGUCAAAAGAUUCAACGGAACAAAAGUUAUCAACAAGGUUCUCAUAGCAAAUAACGGUAUAGCAGCAGUGAAAUGUAUGAGGUCAGUGCGUAGAUGGUGCUACGAGAUGUUCAAAAACGAGAGGGUGGUAAGAUUCGUGGUCAUGGUCACUCCAGAAGAUCUGAAAGCGAAUGCCGAGUAUAUAAAAAUGGCGGACCAUUAUGUUCCUGUACCUGGUGGCACCAACAACAAUAAUUAUGCCAACGUAGAACUCAUUGUGAACAUUGCAGUUAGAUGUCAAGUACAAGCUGUUUGGGCAGGAUGGGGUCAUGCAUCUGAAAACCCAAAACUACCAGAGUUAUUACACAAGAAUAACAUAUCGUUCAUUGGUCCCAAUGAAAAAGCUAUGUGGGCUCUGGGAGAUAAAAUUGCUUCCUCUCUUGUUGCACAAACUGCUGAAGUACCUACAUUACCAUGGUCAGGUUCUGGGUUAACUGCCCAAUACAGCGGGAAGAAAAUCAAAAUAUCAUCAGAACUUUUUGCAAAAGGUUGUGUUAAUACACCAGAGGAAGGUUUAGCAGCAGCUCACAAAAUCGGUUUUCCUGUGAUGAUAAAGGCUUCUGAAGGUGGUGGCGGAAAAGGAAUCAGAAAAGUAGAAAACCCUGAUGAUUUUCCAACUGCUUUCAGACAGGUACAAACAGAAAUACCGGGAUCUCCAAUAUUUGUAAUGAAACUUGCCAAAUGUGCCAGACAUUUGGAAGUACAACUUUUAGCAGAUAUGUAUGGUAAUGCCAUUUCAUUAUUUGGCCGUGACUGUUCAAUUCAGAGGAGACAUCAAAAAAUCAUCGAAGAAGCUCCAGCAGUUAUAGCUGAACCCGAUAUUUUUGAAGAUAUGGAAAGGGCUGCUGUUAGGCUGGCAAAAAUGGUGGGUUAUGUUUCCGCAGGGACUGUGGAGUAUUUAUAUGACCCCUCUGGGCAUUACUACUUUUUGGAAUUGAAUCCCCGUCUGCAGGUGGAACAUCCUUGUACUGAGAUGGUUUCCGAUGUGAACCUACCAGCAGCCCAGCUUCAGAUUGCUAUGGGCUUGCCUCUUCAUUAUAUCAAAGAUAUCAGAUUGUUGUAUGGAGAAUCCCCAUGGGGAAUGACUGAGAUAGACUUUGAUCAGCCCAGACACAAACCCCAGCCGUGGGGCCAUGUUAUAGCUGCGAGAAUAACUUCAGAAAAUCCAGACGAAGGUUUCAAACCGAGUUCAGGUACAGUGCAAGAAUUGAACUUCAGAUCAUCAAAAAAUGUUUGGGGGUACUUCUCUGUUGCUGCUUCUGGAGGUCUACACGAAUUUGCUGAUUCUCAGUUUGGCCAUUGUUUUUCUUGGGGCGAGAAUAGGGAACAGGCACGAGAGAAUUUAGUUAUCGCUUUGAAGGAGUUGUCAAUUAGGGGAGACUUUCGGACAACUGUUGAAUAUUUGAUAACACUUCUUGAAACAAAAAGUUUUCAGGUUAUGAAGAUGGUCAUGACUCUCACAGCCAAUGAAACCGGUACUGUGUCUUAUGUGAAACGUCCUGGAGCUGUCCUCGAUGCCGGAUCAAUUAUUGCUUCUCUUGAAUUGGAUGAUCCUUCACGUGUUACAAAAGCGAUUUUGUAUAAAGGUUAUUUUCCAGAAUUGGAUGUUUCACUGCCACAAGCCCAAGAUAAACUCAACCAUAUCCAUAUUAGCUACAAAACUGCUUUGGAAAACACUUUGAAUGGUUAUUGUCUUCCGGAUCCCUACAAUGCUCCUCGUUUGAGAGAAAUUAUUGAAAAAUUCAUGUCUUCUUUGAGAGAUCCUAGUCUUCCUCUAUUGGAACUACAGGAAGUUAUGGCUUCCAUUUCCGGUCGUAUUCCAAUCGGCGUCGAAAAGAAAAUUAGACGUUUGAUGGCCUUAUACGAAAGGAACAUUACAUCUGUUCUUGCUCAGUUCCCAAGUCAACAGAUAGCAAGUGUAAUCGAUACUCAUGCAGCAAAUAUGCACAAGAGGACAGAAAGAGAUGCAUUUUUCUUGGCUACCGAAGGAAUUAUUCAAUUAGUUCAGAGGUAUAGAAAUGGAAUUCGUGGCCGAAUGAAGCAAGCUGUCCAAGAAAUGUUGCGACAAUAUUUUGAAGUAGAAAAGGAAUUCCAGCAAGGUUCGUAUGACAAAUGUGUUUCUCUACUGCGUGAAAAGCAUAAAGAUGAUAUGGCAGCAGUUACAGCGACAAUAUUCUCCCACAGUCAAGUUGCUAAGAAAAACCUCCUAGUAACAAUGCUCAUUGACCAUCUCUGGAGUAAUGAACCUGGUUUAACGGACGAACUGUCUAGUUGCCUAACCGAGUUGACUUCUUUGAAUCGUAGCGAACAUUCUCGUGUGGCAUUGCGCGCUAGACAGGUUCUAAUCGCAGCACACCAACCUGCUUAUGAACUACGCCACAACCAAAUGGAGAGCAUUUUCCUUUCUGCUGUGGAUAUGUACGGUCAGGAGUUCCACCCGGAAAACUUGCAGAAACUAAUAGUAUCUGAGACGUCGAUUUUCGAUAUCCUACACGAUUUCUUCUACCACACCAACAGGGCAGUAUGCAAUGCGGCUCUGGAGGUCUACGUCAGGAGGUCUUUCACAAGUUUCGACAUCAGCUGUUUGCAACAUCUGGAAUUGAGCGGAGAAGUUCCGGUGGUGCACUUCAUUUUCAUGUUGCCGCCUUCGCAUCCCAACCGACUGGUGAAGAUCAAUAAUUUAUCCGAGACUACUGGAGAUUCUAGCUUACCGGAAGUAAAAAUUGUUGAUACUUUCCAUAGAACAGGUUGCAUGGCUGCAUUUGAGAAUUUUCAGCAGUUCGAAGAGUGUGCAGAUGAAAUUUUAGAUUUAAUUGAAGAUUUUGCAAGUCCCGCUUCUAUAUCUGCUAAAGAUUUGAAUGCGGUAGAGAGUGGAUCAGAGUCUAGAGGCAACAGCACAUCGAUAAAUGUUAGUUUGUCUCUAGAAGCCAGAAGAGCAAGUCUUGAAGAGCAUUUGGUACAAGAACCCAUUCAUAUUCUCAUGGUGGCAGUGAAAGACGAUGGUGCUAAAGACGAUUCGGCAAUGAGCAAAAUUUUCGCAAACUUCUGUGCCAAAAACAAAGAGGAGUUGAUGGCGAGAAAAAUCCGUCGCAUUACCUUCAUUCCGCUCAAACACAAACAAUCUCCAAAGUUCUUUACGUAUCGAGCCAGAUCAAACUUUUUGGAAGACAGGAUCUAUAGGCAUUUGGAACCAGCUUGCGCUUUCCAGUUGGAGAUCAAUAGAAUGAAAUCCUAUAGCCUAGAGGCUUUGCCUACGUCGAAUCAAAAGAUGCACUUGUAUUUGGGAAAAGCUAAGGGUGGGGGUGGCAAGGAAAUUACUGAUUACCGUUUCUUCCUCCGAACCAUAAUUCGUCAUUCUGAUCUGAUAACUAAAGAAGCAUCAUUCGAAUACAUUCAAAACGAAGGAGAGAGAGUCAUCUUGGAAGCCAUGGAUGAAUUGGAAAUUGCGUUUUCACAUCCUCAAUCAAAGAGAACGGACUGCAAUCACAUAUUCCUCAAUUUCAUUCCAACAGUCAUUAUGGAUCCCGCCAAAAUCGAAGAAGCAGUAACAAGCUUGGUGAUGCGCUACGGGCCUCGGCUUUGGAAGUUGCGUGUUCUACAAGCCGAACUCAAAUUAAUCAUUCGCCCACUGCCCAACGCUCAAACCACUACUAUCCGUUUGUGCAUAGCUAACGACAGCGGAUAUUAUUUAGACAUCAAUAUGUACACGGAAGUCGUCGAACCUGAGACGGGCAUUAUAAACUUCCAAGCCUAUGGUACCAAGCAGGGUCCCCUCCAUGGCCUGCCCAUUUCCACGCCUUAUAUUCCAAAAGAUUACUUGCAGCAAAAAAGAUUUCAAGCUCAAUCAGUGGGUACCACAUAUGUCUACGAUUACCCGGACAUGUUCAGACAAAUGGUGGAUCUACAAUGGAAGCAAUAUAGCCAGGAAAGGUUAUCAGAAGCCAUCAAUAUCCCUGAUAAACUGAUGGAUUUCGUCGAGUUGAUCCUGGAUCCUGAAACUGAAACACGCUUGAUAGAGCAAAAGCGAGUCCCUGGUGAGAAUAAUGUUGGCAUGAUAGCUUGGAAGUUGACUCUGCACACUCCUGAAUAUCCCGAAGGAAGAAAUAUCAUUGUCAUAGCGAAUGACAUAACUUACGUUAUUGGAUCAUUCGGACCUAGAGAAGAUAAGGUGUUUUAUUUGGCCAGUGAAAUGGCAAGGAUGUUGAAAAUACCAAGAAUUUAUUUAUCUGCUAACAGUGGUGCCAAGAUAGGUUUGGCCGAAGAAAUAAAAGGAAUCUUCAAAGUAGCGUGGGAAGACAACAAGGAACCGGAUAGAGGCUUCAGAUACCUUUAUCUCACCCCUGAAGAUUACGCCAAAGUGAGUGCUCAGAAUUCUGUUAGAGCAGUUUUGAUAGAAGAUGAAGGAGAAUCGCGAUAUAAACUGACUGAUAUUAUUGGCAAAGAAGACGGUCUGGGAGUUGAAAAUCUGAAGUAUGCUGGAAUGAUAGCCGGCGAAACAUCAAUAGCAUACAAUGAGAUCGUAACAAUUUCCAUGGUUACUUGCCGAGCUAUUGGCAUUGGUUCAUAUCUAGUGCGACUCGGCCAGCGAGUUAUACAAAUUGAAAAUUCACAUAUAAUUCUAACUGGAUACAGUGCUUUGAACAAGUUACUUGCUAGAGAAGUUUAUGCCUCCAACAACCAACUUGGUGGCAUCCAGAUUAUGUACAACAAUGGUGUUACCCACAAGACGGACCAAACUGACUCGGAGGGUAUUUACACCAUUCUCAAAUGGCUCUCUUAUAUGUCCAAGGACAAGAUGUCUCCUAUUCCAAUAAUAAAAUCUGCCGAUUCCAUAGAUAGGGAAGUCACAUUUACACCUACAAAGACACCAUAUGACCCCAGAUGGAUGUUGGAAGGAAGGCCAUCGCCAAAUGAUCCGUCUAUUUGGGAAAGCGGUUUCUUCGACAAAGGUUCAUGGUCUGAAAUUAUGCGACCGUGGGCACAGACUGUUGUGACAGGAAGAGCCAGAUUAGGAGGUAUUCCUGUUGGAGUGAUAGCAGUGGAAACCCGGGCUGUUGAACUGACGUUACCAGCUGAUCCAGCCAAUUUUGAUUCUGAGGCUAAGACCAUUUCCCAAGCUGGACAGGUAUGGUUUCCCGAUUCUUCCUAUAAAACUGCCCAGGCAAUUCAGGAUUUCUCUAGAGAAGAUCUGCCUUUGAUAAUUUUUGCCAACUGGAGAGGAUUCAGUGGGGGAAUGAAAGGUCAGUCACCUAGAUAUUAAUAUUAUUUGAAACUCUUCUG